GGGCUCGCGUUCGCGCGGCCCCCACCAAUUCAAUCUUGAAUUAGGACAAAUAAACUCUCAUAACGAACCGAUUAGUCCCUAAUGUAACUAUCUUAACCCAGUUGUCAGACAAACGUGUGGGCAUCAAGUUUGUGUAGAAAAAGCACUGAGGAGGAUAAAAGUUGUGUCUCCUACAAACGGUCCUCAACUGUCUGGCAAGUGUUAACCCUAACUAGGGUUAUAGGAAUUGAAAUUUGUCUUUUUAUAUAGUAAUUACUCUGUAGGUCUUCGUGAUCGGAGGUGCUCUAUACAAGAGCUGAUUGAUUGACAGGAGUUGCUUGAGCAGACUAGAAAAGAGCUGAAGAAUACGACUCACGUUGCAAGCUUCAACCACGGCAAUAUUUCCAGUUUCUGGAUAGCACCAGAAUUAUUGAAAAGGCAUGGGAGAUGUAGAAAAAGCACUGAGGAGGAUUCUCAACCAGAAGGAUAUCAUAGGUCUUCUCCUUAUUGACCAGGAUGGCAACAUCUUGCGAAACACUAUACCUGUGGAGCAUGCAGAGAAAUAUACAACAGAAAUCCCAGCAUUGAUAAUAAUGGUACGCAGUGCAGUUCGAGAGAUAGAAUGCAAAGAAGACCUGACGAUGAUGCGCAUUAGGAGCAGGAAACAUGAGAUGAUGAUAGUUGUGGACGAAAAAUUCACCCUCAUGGUUCUUCAAGAGUAUCCCGGAUUUUGGAUAGAGCCACCCCCUCUACCUCCUACCCCUCAAAGGGACUCAGACGAUGACUAUGAUAACGAUGAUGAAUAA